GAGUGUAGUGGCCGCCUCACUAGCCGCGGCUCGCGACCGACUCGCAUAGUCGGCACCGGUCGCAUCCAUUCAGUCAGUUCACAGUCGGCAACAGCGUCGAACGUACGCGUCGAUUUGUUGCUCUCGAUGUUAGUUUACGAUUACGAAAUCGUGUUUACACUUGGAGUUUCACCGUGACAGUGAAGUGUUUAUUCUAAUAUGGGUUAAGCAUUAUAUUUGAGAAAUGAGUCCGGGUGAGCGCGCCGCCCUAGGGCGCCGCGAACACCCUCGCCCUCACUAUGGUGCCACCGCAUCGGGAUUUUCACCAACUUUUUACCCGCCGCCUUACGGAGUGCCUCAUCCAAAUGCCUGGCUAGGGGCUCCCCUUAUUUCUAUGACAGGACGGACGCAGCAACAAAGAAAUAGUCCUGUUGGAAAGCUUGCUAUGCACGCUCAAGGUGCGCCUUUAAUUAUACAAAAUAGACAUGAUCGAAGAAAGUUCACCCAGGUUACCGACCAACGCAACCAUCGCCCAAUCGGAGUUACGGAACAGGUCAUGAGGGACAAUUUUGAAGCAGAUGCACUGAGGCAACGCAAUCAACAACAACAAAUGCGGUCCAAUCGAAAUGUUCGUGGCAACAAUACGGACGCGGUCAGUAUUGCUAGCGAUGAAAGUUCCGGUUCUACUAAUUCUGAAACCAUGUUACCACGGAUAAUUAAACCAAGAAAACGACGCAAAAAAGAUAGAAAACCGAAUAACAUUAUGCCACACGAUAUGUCCAAUGCAGGCAUAGAACUAGGUGAAGUUGAACAUUGCGCUAUUACAAAUAUGGCAUCAAGUUUGCACAACGUCUACGAAGAAACUUACUGUAGAGAAUUGUCAUUACCGUAUCGUUUAGAUGUGAAAGUUCUAGAUUACCCGGACCCAGUGCCGGAAACGUACAGAGUGACUGCGUUGGGUGAAGCUUUAGAAGCUACUCGUUUUGGAAUAAAUGAGGCUGCGUCGCCUGCGGAAUCUGCUAUUAGUUCAUGUCAGUGCCGGUAUUGCGACCCCGUGGGUCAAAUUUGGGAUGCUGAAUCGAUCGCGCGAUUACUUGAUGAAAAUUCUAGUGGUGACUUUCUACCGACUAAGUUAGAGGAAUCUAUGAAAGUUGUUGGUCCCCUUGUUACGAGAGGAGCGGACACUGUCUUGAGGCGUAGUUGGAGCGAUCCCUCUGCAAGAGUUGCAGAAAGUCGCGAAGUAGCAAACAGUGACUCGGCGUCGGCAGCUAACCUAUAUUCUUUAUUUCCACCGACGAGAAGAGCUAGCUCUACCGAGCCAAGGUCGCAGCUCGCUUUAGAAAUCUCGUCUGAAAUUGUUACAUCAAUGAAUGGACAUCGUGACCUGGAAAUUAAAUUAUUUUCAACCUCGCCCCCGGCAACGAACUCGGAACGCCGUUCUUUUUUUGACGACGACUGUGUCAGUGUUUCAAACAAUCAAAACAGUUUAGUGAACAGUGAUAAAACAGAUUCAUGUUUAAGCGAUUCCCGAAAAAGUGACCAUGUGGAUUCGUCGGGAUGUUUGUCGGCCUACGCUAAUGUCGAGUCUGCUCGCAAAAUUUGUGAUUUAGCCUUAGUUUCUGCCUGAAGUCUUUGUGAUCUAUGUAUAAAUUAUGUAGUUUGGAUGUGUGCUUUAUGUUCAGAGAGCUCGAAGCUCGCCAUUUGAGCUGGACUCAAAUUUUCACAGCGAUGCAUGCACGGAGCAUCUUAAUGAGAUAUUAUCACUUGAGAUCUCCGAAUUCUUUUUCCUGUAGGACCUAAAAUAAUUUAUUUCUAAUAGUAGUUUUUUAACGUAAAUGGAACUUUAUCUGGUCUUUUCUUAAUGAAUAUAUAACCAUAAAUACUCUGAAUAGAAGAGCAAUAUGUAUAAUAUGAUAGAUUUCUAGAUAAGUAGUUACCAUGACUCGUGUGCAAUUAGCGUUUCACACUACUGACACGGUUGCGCGACUGAGCGGACCCUAUUGCGGUUUCCCGUGGUUUUCACCGUUCCGGACGGCGCUUUGGGUUCAUAGUGCUGAUCGCUUUUUGUUGUAACUAUCGCGUAACCAGUAAAAAAAUAAAUGGCCGAACGAAUUGUGAAUCGCUUUCGCAAGACGUUUUUUGAUAUUUUGCUUAAAUGAGAAUCAUCAAAGGAAUCGCCAAUUAGUAAUCCCAAAAGUGACAUAAUUUAAGUCCAUGAAAUAAAAAUUGUAUCGAUAAGAAAAGUGUUAAAUUUUCAAGUGUUAUCGUUGUUUAAAUAUUAACUUUUUCGUUAAUUCACUUCGGUUACGUGUAUAAACCCAAUUAUAUUUAGUAUUCGUUUGUCGAUUUCCCUCUAAUCUUUUGUAUAUUUAAUAUAGCAUUACACAUAUUCAGAGGCAAUUGAUUGAUUUCCUAGGUUAUUGGUUGUCAUGGAUCCGAAAGCGGUCGAGUAUUUGAAAGAUACACCAGGCAGAGUUCCAUAUUAAUGUAGAUAAUGUGAAUAGAACUAAGUUAUUAAUGAAUUAUUAUUCAUCGGUACACUAUCGUUGCGUUUUAUACUUCAAGGGACGUACUUGAGUUUCAUAUUUUCAAUUUAGAUCGCGCCAUCUGCUAGAUGGCCGCGGGGCGGUCGCGUGCGUGGGACUACAUGAUAAAUCUUCACUUACUUUUUUUUUCUUCGCGAUACGCUCGACGUAGACGAGAAGUUAUAGUAGUUUCUUAUCAAUAAAAAUUCUAACCUUAAUGCAUAUUAGUGAGAAUACGUCGAUUGAUUUAUUUACGACUUGCGGAGCUAUCGGCUUUCUCGGCAAACCGGUCGUAAAUAAAUGCGACGGCUCUCUUUUCAUUAAACGAAAUCAAAGCGGGCACUUUUAUUUCUUUGAUAACGCUAACAAGAGGCUGGAAAUUAUUCCCUCCGUGGACAGCAGUGAUACCAACCAUAUUGUUGUUAAAGUUAGACUCGCAAAGCACACUACGUCGAGCCAUUCGGUUCGGGAUCAAGGAGGCGUACCGCAUGAUGUAAAACUCAACGAUACAUGGUUCGGUGAAAUUUUAAAAACCUAGGCUUACUGAGUGAAUGCAUUUUAUACAUACAAUAAUUAUAUAGUUUUACAAUUUUGUUUGUGUACGUCGUGAAGCACGAGUUACACGUUUGCACACUAUUUUUGUACAAUAAAAACCAUCAUGCCCUGA